AAAUUGUAAAUAAAAUAUUGAUUUUUUUUUCGUAAUUCCCAUCGAAUUAAGAUUCUUGUUCUUGUGAAGUUGCUGAAAUAAUUUUAAAUGGUGCAACGGUGGUGGAAAAUGGACUGUACUGUUGGCAUAGUUGAAGUCACACCACGGAUCUUUCAGCAAUGAGUUCAGAAAACGAAAUCCUGCGCUAGAAUGUUGCAUUGAAGUUUGCUGGAUACGAAAGGAGUUCGGUGUAGGUUUGUGAGGUGUUGAUUAUUUUAAACUCAUAAUUUAAACUCAAUAUAAUUCCUUCUCAGUAUUGUUAUGUCGAAUAAGCAACUAUCAAAGUGACUCAAUCGAAAGUAUUCUAGUCCUUUAACGCAUUUAUUGAACUAGUCUUUUGAGACAGCAUACUUAGAAUGACUUCUGACGAAUCAGAAACGAAUGAAAGAAGUAGUGAUUCCAGUCACGAGUUGAAAAAGAAAAAGAAACUUAAACAUAAAGAAAAGAAACACAAGAAGAAAAAAAACAAACAUUCUUCCGACUUGGAGCGUAAAAAAAGGAAAAAGAAGAAAAGGAAAAAUUCUAAAGAAAGAAAAGAAGGAAUUAAAAAAACAAAAUUGGACGAGAGCGUCAAAGAUGAAGAUAUUCCAGGACCAUCUGUACCCGAAGAUCUCCUUAUAGAAAGUUCUAAAGCGAAAGCCCCUAUGACCAAAGAAGAAUGGGAAAAAAGCCAAAGUGUCGUUCGAAGAGUAUAUGAUGAAACUGGUCGAAGCAGAUUAAUCAAAGGCGACGGCGAAAUUUUGGAGGAAAUAGUCAGUCGCGAAAGACAUCGUGAAAUAAAUCGGCAAGCUACCCUUGGAGAUGGUUUAUUCUUUCAGAACAAACUAAUGAAAAAAUAACGCAUUGAAAAAUUUUUUAUGAAACGAAAGAAGAAUAUGCUUUAAUUCCGUAUUUAAUAUUAUUUUAUUUUUUGAAUUUUAUCGCAACUCAAAGUACUUAGUAUUGUUUUUAAUUUCUCGCAAAGUGUUCACAUUAAAAUUGUUCUAUUUGCGUU